AUGACAGUACUAGGCCCAAGCACAAAUGCAAUCAUGUCGUUGACAUUUGCAAACAACAUCCUGAGCCCAAUAUUUCCAACGUGUCCCAUCAAUCAAAUGGCUAAGAAGCUGUUAGCUGCCGUCACUAUAUGUUUCCUGACUUUCAUAAACGCUUACAACGUGAGGUUCACAACUCGGCUACAGAAUGUGUUUAUGUUCACCAAGAUCACGGCUCUCGUCGUCAUAAUAGGCGCGGGAAUCAUUUACAUUUGUAAAGGAGGAACUGAGCACUUUGAAGAUGGUUGGGAAGGGACUGCAACAUCGGCUGGAGAUUGGUCUGUGGGCAUAUACUCUGGAAUAUUCGCUUACUCCGGAUGGAACUACUUGAACUUCAUGACGGAAGAGCUGAGAGACCCGUACAAGAACCUGCCCCGAGCCAUCUACGUGUCUCUGCCUCUGGUGACCAGUAUCUACCUGCUAGCUAACGUGUCCUACCUGGCUGUGCUUGGGCCUAACGGAGUGAGGGCCACCGAAGCCAUCGCUGUGGACUUUGCGAUCGCGAUCCUCGGCUUCAUGCGGUGGGUGAUGCCAGUGCUGGUUUCCAUGGCGACCAUGGGCGGGCUGACGGUGCACAUCAUGACGUCAUCGCGCAUGUGCUUCGCGGGCGCUCGGAACGGACACAUGCCAGAGCUUCUGGCGCAUAUCAACAUGAAGUCUAUGACGCCGGUGCCAUCGCUUAUCUUUCUGACAGAUGGACUUGCAGUAUCCGAUUAA